AUGCGCUACUCCCUUGCCCUCCUCGUCAGCGCCGUUCUCGCUCCUCUUUCGGCCCUUGCUGCCCCAGCAGCGACCGUCAUCGUGCCGGGCGGGCCCAAAGCCGCUGCCGACGUUCACCAAAUCCCGGCAGGAGGCCGCAUCGCGCACGUGAACGACCAGGUUCACGUCUUCGACGCCGCAGGCAGUAUCGUGAAGAAGGUCUCCGUCGGCGUCCGCCCAACACCGGUCCGCAAUGCCGUCGCCCCCCUGCAGACCGGCUGGAUCACCUAUGCCAGCUGGCUCAACCAGGGCUCGUCGCCCAUUUCCAGCUUCACGACCACGUGGACUGUUCCCCCUGUUCCCGCGACCAACCAUGGCCAGACGAUCUUCUUGUUCAACUCCAUCGAGCCCAACUCGGGCGAUGCCAUCAUCCAACCCGUUCUGCAGUACGGGCCCAGCGCAGCUGGCGGUGGCUCGUUCUGGGGCGUCGCCUCUUGGUACCUCGUCGGAAAUUCCGUCUUUAACACGGCCGUCACGCGGGUCUCCGCGGGCCAGACCCUCAACGGCGUGAUCACCCUCACCUCGCAGUCCGGCUCUUCCUUCAACUACGUCACAUCCUUCUCCAAUAUCGCGGGCACAUCGCUCACCGUCACCGGCGCCGCGCAGCUCACCUGGGCGACCGAAACCCUCGAGGCAUACGCCGUCACGGCCAUCUCGGACUACCCCGCCGGCUCGACCAAGUUCUCCGGCAUCAACCUCAAGCUUGCGAAUGGCGCGACGCCGAGCAUCAGCUGGUCGACGGCGCAGGACUCGGCGGAGGGCCUGACGACGACAGUCAACACGAAUGGCGCUACGAACGCCGUCAUCACGAUCAAGUAUUAG